CGGUGCUCCAAUCACUCCACUUCAUCCUAUUUAACCCACCCCCUCUCACUGUGCGUCUGUGCCUCUCUUCACACACACACGCACAACCAACCGCGCCGCCCACACGCCACGAGCGCCGCGCCGGCGAGCUCUUCGAUCAAUCGCGCCGGCCGCCAUCGUCCCAUGAUAAGCGGCGCCGGCGGUGAGCAGCAGCAGCAGCAGGACACGAAGCGGCGGCUACCGGCGCCGACGACGUCCGAGCAGGAGAGGCGGCAGAAGCAGCACCGCGGGAAGAUGCUGAGGCUGUCGGUGCAGCAGGGCGACGACGUGACCGCGGGCGUGGUGCCGCCGGUCACCGUCGUCCUGGACGGCCGCUCCAUCUGCCACCGCGUCCACCUCAGCAAGCACACCGGCUACCGCAGCCUCGCCGCCGCGCUCCGCCGCAUGUUCGUCGACGCGGACGACGACGUCGGCGCCGCCGACGAGGCAGCUGGCAGGAGCAGCUGCAGCGACGCCGACCGUGGCGGCCUCGACCUGUCCAAUGCCGUUCCAGGGCACGUCGUCGCGUACGAGGACAUCGAGAACGACCUCCUCCUCGCCGGCGACCUCAACUGGAAGGAUUUCGUCCGUGUGGCGAGGAGGAUUCGGAUCAUCCCGGCGAAGCCAUCUAGCCGGAUGAGGCCUCAAUCUUAAUCUGCUCGCUUGUAACUAAACCACAUAAACCUCUAGCUACUACUAGAUCCAGUAUUCCUCCUUUCGAAAUCGAAAUAGUUUGUGUUUUUGUCAUCAGUUUGUAACGUCGUUAAGAAAAUUCAGUUAGUUAUUAUAAUCCCGUUUUAAUCGUGACCGGUAAUGUGCACGUACGGUUGAAUUGAUCUGCAAAUUAGUAAGGUUAAUUAAUCGAUUCAUUACAGGUUAGUUAAUCAAA